AUGGCGCAUGCGUGUUGCGAAUGCGAAACUCAUCCCGCACCCCUCCUCGGAACAGUAGGUCUACCGGACCUGACGGAGCGCUCGCGUCCGGCACCCGGCCGCGCCGCCUCACGGACCGUGUCCGAUCCGCACCGGCAGCGCGCUAUAAUUGCACAGAUACCCGUAACCACAUUAUGCAAAAAAGAAUGGCCUUGGAAGAAGCAAAAGACACCAAUGAGAGUUGCGCCAAUCGUACCUCGACGGCGGGACUCAGCCGCGUCAUCAGUCGGUGCUGCAUCAGUACGCCGGCUACUCACCAGACAACCUCCAAAAGUCCCAGAACCCGUAGUCCGAAGAUUCACCCUCCUUUGUCUUUCAAGCGGACUUUGUGCGACAGCACUACUCCCUUUCACAGCUUUCGCUGGCGCAGAAGCUGGGGCCUUACCGCUAGCGCUAAUGUACGCGGUCUCUGCCAUUGUCGCACCAUUUUCUCCUCUCAUUCUUCAAAAGACUGGAGUACGAAUAGUCAUCGCUGCAGCACAUACUUUAGUCUUCUUACUGCUAACAGCACAUACAGUAGCCACUCCAUUAUCGGUGCUUCUGCCUCUUUACGGCAUUUGUGGAGUAACUCUAUCACCGAUGUCACUCGCAUUGUCAGUUUCGGCGACGUCACUCGCUCAGUGUGCUGGCGAUGAGGUUCGGAGGAAAAUUGCGCUGCGUCGAGCUCUGCGAGCGCUCAGAGCAGCGCAAGAUUUGGGACUGGUGUUCGGCUCCAUGAUGUUAGGCGGUGCGCUCCUUCUCUGGCCUGAAGAUUUAACACCGUUAGCUAUGACGCCAACUCCUACUAAUGCGUCUGUACCGAGGUGGCCACCCUCAGAAGAAUUCUUCUUAGAAGACGACUAUGAGGUGGUUAAAAUACAUAUAAAUGAGCGGACAUGUGGCGCAGCAGGCUGUCCACACACUCAGUCAAUAUCAGGCACAUCACUCAGUUCUGAAGGGCGGUGUUACCUUGUGGCAGUAUGGGCGGUGUUAUCACUAGUCGCGGUAGGGCUGGGGGUGUAUGGUGCUACAACAGCACCUGUGCCGCCGCCUGACGCGCGCUCUACAUGGUAUGGUGUAUGCGUCGGAGGAUGGUGGUGCGCAUGGGGAGUUUUAGUCGGAGCAGGAGCGCUUCAAGCGCUUGCCGCAGCCACGCUGAGUAUGGCGGCCGCCAGAGGGAGGCGGGGCGCUCUUGCUGCGGGCGGUGCUGCAGCACAUGCAUCAUUAAUGCUAGCGCUGUUACGCUGGCGGGCUGCUAGAACUGAUUUAGCGUUACCGGCUGUCGCCGCGGCUGCAUGGGGAGCUUGCGCUGCUCUCUGGGACGUCCUUCAGUCGGGCGUGUGCGUGGGCGGGGCGGGGUGGCGCGGCGCGUGGGCGUGGCUGCUGGGCGCGCGGCACGCGGGGCUGGCGCUGGGCGCGGCGGCGCGCGCGCUGCUGUGCGUGCGCGCGCAGCUCGCCGCGCUGGCGGUGGCGCUGCCCGCCGCGCUGGCGGCACACGUCGCGCUCGAGCACAGGCUACGGAGAGGUCACUAA